AUGGCUUCGGUUUCUCACUAUUUCCUAUUAGUUCUAGCCUUUCUGGAUUCACAUACUGCUCAGCCAGUCUGUCUGCCAGGAUGUACCUGCUCCCAUGAGAGUUUUGGCAGGACUCUGCAGUGCAUGUCCAUCUCUUUGGGAGCGAUCCCACUGAACCUUCCUGACGAGUUCAAGCGAGUGAGAAUUGAAAAUUCACCCUUAUUUGAACUGCCCCGAGGGUCUUUCAUCAACAUGAGCACCUUGGAAUACCUUUGGCUCAAUUUUAACAACGUCACUGUGAUCCACCUGGGAGCCCUGGAGCGCCUGUCAGAACUCAAAGAGCUGAGACUGGAGGGGAACAAACUCCGUUCAGUACCGUGGACAGCGUUCCGCGCCACCCCGCUCCUGAGAGUCUUGGAUCUCAAACACAACAGGAUUGAAGUACUUCCUGAGCUGGCUCUUCAGUUCUUGAUCAACCUGACCUACCUUGACCUAUCCUCCAAUAGGCUUACAGUUGUAUCCAAGAGCGUCUUCUCGAACUGGCCGACCUACCAGAAACGCCGGCAGCCUGGCUGUGGGGCCAAAAUUCCCCCCAGCAUGGUACUGGCCCUGCACAGCAACCCCUGGCUAUGUGACUGUCGCCUACGGGGACUUGUCCAGUUUGUAAAGUCUGUCAGCCUUCCAGUCAUCCUUGUGAAUCCCUAUCUGAUGUGCCGAGCCCCUCUCUCCAAGGCGGGGCAGCUUUUUCAUGAAACUGAACUCGGUGAUUGCAUGAAGCCACGGAUCUCAACCCCCAGUGCCAAUGUCACCAUCUGGGCAGGACAGAAUGUGACCCUACGAUGCCUGGCACAGGCCAGUCCCUCACCAACCAUUGCAUGGACUUAUCCCCUGAGCAUGUGGAGGGAAUUUGAUGCGGUGCUGAGAGGCAAACAGCUGGCGCCAAUGCUGACCUCGUCUACUGCCGAAGAUGCUGCGUUGUCGGAGCUGGUCAUACCCGCGGCCCACCCGGUAGACAGAGGCAAUUACACCUGUGUGGCCUCCAACUCUAUCGGCAGGAGCACCCUUGACAUCUCCCUCCACGUUCUGCCCGCCCAGGCCCUGCCCGACCCCCAUUCUCCUUUCUCCCCCUUGGAGGGCGACACCUACAUUGACCUGCGUGUCGUCAAGCAGACAGUGCAUGGGAUCCUGCUGGAGUGGUUUGCGGUGGCCAACGCCCCUGAGGAGAAGUGGUUCACCCUCUAUGUUGCGUCGGAGGAAGCCCUCAGGAAGGAGGUGGUCCACAUUGGCCCCGGCAUCAACACAUAUGCCAUAGAUGACCUCCUCCCUGGCACAAAAUACGAGGCGUGCCUCAGCCUUGGGGGCCGGCCCCCACGCCAGGGCCAGUGUGUGGUCUUUGUGACAGGCAGGGACCGCAGUGGGCUGGAGGAACGGGAGCGCCUCCUGCACAUCACUGUGGUCCUGUGUGCCGUGCUGCUGGCACUGCCUGUGGGUGCCUAUGUCUGGGCAGCCCAGGCCCCCUGCAGCUGCAGGGAGUGGGGCCUGCACUGCUGUCUUCAUCGCAGGAAAGCCCCCAGGUGUCCCCGUGCAGCCCCACAGCAUGCGGACGGCUCCUAUAGGGACCACACAGCUAUCUGUGAGGACAACCUGGAGCACAGAGAUGCUGAGGGAGACGAAGAGAGGGAGAGAGUGGCUGAACAGCCUGGGCUGGGGGAGGAUGGUGUGGGCCUCUAG